AUGGAUGAAAAAUCCAGCGCUGCGGUUUCAGGACAAACAUUUGGUUCAAGUUUUCCAUCAUCCUUCAUAUCGACAUCCGUUACUCCUUUAUCAAAAAUGUUGAAUUUAUGGGUUCAUGAUGAAAAAUUUUCAAAACAAGAUUUCAUUAUGAACCCUGAUUGUUUUCCUGAUGCAAAACCAGGUCAAUUAUUAGAGAUUUAUCAUUCUAUAGAAUCUUCUGAUAUAACAAACCAUUUAAUUGUUAAAGUUGAUACAUUCGAUAAAGAAUAUAUUGGGAAGGAAAAACCAAUUUUACAGGUUAAUGCAGAAGCAGUUUCAGCAGAAUAUAUUGAAUUCUCAUUUCGUGAUCAAUAUAUUGGUAGAGGUGAUAUGUGGAGAUUGGUUCGUAGUCUCAUGGGAACCUGCGUAUAUCUUGGUAAAAGAAUAGAGUUUGCUGGAUGUAUUCGUGCGCAAGUCUCAUGUGGGUAUAUAACAGGUGAAACAAAACCAAUAUUUCGAUCCGAAUCUGCAAAAUUGUUUAUUUUUGUUCAAAUGUCUCGAGAAAUGUGGGAAUUUGAUGAAGAUGGUGAAUUAUAUUUUGAAAAAGCGAUUGAAUUUUUUUCGGAAUUAUUUAAACAUUGGAAACAGUUAGGAACAAAUCAUGUAGUUUCAAUAGUUUUGUUUUCAAGAGUAUUUUAUGAUUUCGAAUAUUUGGAAAAUGAUCCUGAACUACAAGCUGAAAGUUCUUUAAUGAAAGAUUAUUAUAAAAGAUCUUGCAAAGAUUUUUACAAGGUUAUAGUGGAUUGGGAAACACGUUCCGAUUGGAAUUGUGUCCUGAUGUCUUUGAAAAAUGAACUAUUAAAUUAUCAACCUGCAAUAUUGAUGAGAAAUAAGAAAUGUCAAGAUGGUUGUUAUAAUGUUUUGGCUGGAAAGAAUUCCUAUGCUUUUGAAGGCAAUAUAUUGGAAGCAAUUAACCUUGCAUUGAAUCCAUUUGAUAAACAUUAUGUAGAUAGAGACUUAAUGCGCACAGGAUUAUCGAUUAUCAUAGUAACUCCUGGAUGUGGAAGAUUUGAAGUUGACAAAAAACUUUUGAGAAUCACGACUGAACGAAUAGUUGAUAAUGGAAUUGGUUUGGAUCUUGUGUGUUUAUCAAAAGCUCCACUUCAUGCAGUUCCAUUAUUUAAAUUUAAAUCUCAAGAAAUAUCCAAAGCUCCAUUACCUGAUUGGUUUGAUAAAAAAACACAUAAAUGGCAACAAGCAAAAGAUAUGUAUUUAGAAUCGAGGGAUCCUCUGGAUUUUGAUGAAAAAAAUCCAACAAUUGAUGCUAAUUAUGUGUAUUAUCAAACUCCUGAUUGGGUAGAAUGUAACUUUUAUUCAAGAUAUCAUGAUAAACCGCUUAAACCUGGCAAAUUUGUUCCUAGAUGUAGGAUGUAUGAAAUACAAAUGAUGGGAAUCAUGGAACAUGAAAUAUCUUCAAUAUUGAUUCCUCAUUUGCCAGAUAAACGAUUGCCUUCAGGAGAUGGUGAAUUUGAUUAUGAUCAAUAUGAUGAUGAAAUUUUUACCGAUGUAAAAUCGAAGUCAAGACAAAUGGGAUUUCCAUACGGAAAUGUUCAUGAUUCAUUGAACACGGCUAAUAGAACUGAUUUAUCACAACUGCGCAAAAGUAAUGAUGAUUUUACUAUGUAUUCAAAGAAUUUUUCAGGUGAAUUAGCAAGAAGUUUACCAAAAGGAUUAAUACCGCUUGGUUUGAUGUCAUCUCUUCAUCCUGAACAAAAUAGACCAACCAAUUUUAAAAGUGCAAGACUUUCUGGAAGUAAUUUAAUUGAUUCUUCGAUUAUUAAUAGUAGAGAACCUUUUAUGAGAUCUCAUUUACAUGAAAGUUCACAAGAAGGAAGUUUCCGAGGAGAUCAAACUGAUGAUGAUGAUGGUCCAGUGGUGACUUCUAGCACUGUUGAGGCAAUACCUAUCAAGUCAUCGACUCGAUCAGUGAGGAAUUCAAUUCCACCAUCACCUAAAGGAAGCAUUCCAGAAUCUAAUAAAAGCUCAUUUGCUAGUGAUAAAGGACGAUCAGUAAAUGCUUCGAGACAUGUUCACCAAGUUUUAUUGAAUCCUUGUAACCGCUCAAAUAAAGCUGGAAAUGGAAUUAGAUUGAAAAGAUGGGAACAUGUCUUUCCACAACCAAAAUUAAUGAACUCAGUUAAAUGGUCAGCGCUCCACACUCCGGCGUGUCUUCCUUUAACCACCGAUCAUUUCCCUACAAUUAAUGAGUACUGUUAUGAAGAAGGUACUUAUACAAUUUCUGUGGACCCUGACACAUUCUCAAUGAAUCAAGAACACAGCAGCGAAGAAAGUAAAACUGAAACCCUGUUAAAUGAAAUGAUUUCACAACGCUUAGCUCAAGGAUAUCAAUUGAUUGUACCUUCUUCCGGCUCCGUUAAUGUUAUAGAGAGUGCAAAGAACAUUAAAUCUACAAGUAAUAUGACUGAUAAUCUUUCGAUAAGUCCAGAAUUUACUAAAUCACCAAAUUUUAGAAAUAACAAAGAACAAUUUACGCAAUUGAAUUCGUUUGCAGUAUCUAAUCCAUGUUACCUCAGUAUGGGACGUCAUGUCCACAAAUUGACUUAUUAUCCGGCAGAACAUGUUGAAGUCAAGAGAUAUUUGCGUAAAACUGAAUAUAAACUCGAUCCGAUACCAUAUUCUUGUGUUAUAUGGCCAAGAUGCCAAGAAUCUUAUGAACUUAGGGAAGUUAAAUUUAAUUAUCCAAAUACUAAUUAUAAAUGGAAUCAUGUCGAUCAAUUGGCCUGUGGAUAUCAAGAUGAUCUUUCUGAUUCAGAUGAUUUAAGGUUUUGGAGAACGAGAUUUGUGUUGAUUCCAAUGGAAAAUGUUCCAAGCAAUCUACUAAAAACCGCAAAUGAAACUUUGGACGAAGAAGAAAUUCGAGUGAGUGGAAUAUAUAAAUUUUUUGAACUUUUUGAGAAAGCAUCUUGGACUCCACCAAAUGAGCGAAAAGAAGCUAAUAAUAAGACAAAAAAAGAGAAUGUAACUCCGUCUCUCCAACUUACAACAUGUGACCCAUCAAUAUUUGUGAAAUCCAUUGAGGAUGUAUAUCCACGACGGGCAUCCGUCAAUCCACCAGAAGAAAGGCUUAGUAGAGAUUCUAAAAUUUCAACAAUAGUUUCAGCAAUGAUGAAUCCAACAACUGGGAUUGUACGAGAUAGACGAUGGCAUUUACGAUUUUAUCAAAAUGCAAUUGUUGGAAACGAAUACGUCGAUUGGCUGCUAAAAAAAUUCCCUGAUAUUAAUACUCGUGAAGAUGCUGUGUCAUUUGGCAAUGAAUUACAAGAAAAGGGAGUGAUUGAGCAUUGUACUAAAAGACAUCAAUUUUUAGAUGGGUAUUAUUUCUAUCAGAUAAAUGAAGAUCAUGCAGAACGAAAAUCAGCAAAAAAAUGGUUCGUGAGUAAGGCCGCAAAGUUUUCUACAUCAAGUGCGCCAAAUUCUCCGAUUCCAACUGCUACAUCAAAGCUUUCAAAACGACCAGUGAUCGAAUUAACUAAAGCCAUGCAAAUUGAUAUUGAUCCAUUAAAAAAAAGUGAUAGAAGAGAAACAGCCACAUUACAUUAUGAUAUGGUAUUUAACCCCGAUAAUUGCUAUCAUUUUCAACUUCAUUGGCUAGGAUGUACGGCACGACUUAUUGAAGAAUUACUUCAAAAAUGGAGCGGAAACGCUGAUAGGUAUGGACUUAAAUUAGUCGAAGUACCUAUAGAACAGGCGAUGAGUUUGACCGAUAACAAUCCAUUUCAAUCACCUACCCUUGUAAAAUUAUCUGUAUUACCACCACCAUUGGAUUCAUUAGGAAAAAAAUUACAUCCAGCAUUAAAUCAACAUUUAUAUUUUGAGAAACAAUUAAUUAAACAUUUUAAGUUUAUAUUAGAUGUUGAAGCUGACGAUGUGUUUCCUGAAGAUGUGGAGGUUAAAUAUUCGUACAGUAAAACAUCAUUUAAAUAUUCACAGUACAUACACAGAUCUGGAGUUGCAUUUAUACAAAUUUGUGAAGAUGGAUACUUGUGGAUGAACAAUAGAUUGUUUACAACACAUAAUCCGUCAUCAUCAUUAAUGAGCAAUGCUAUUGUUAGAAAUAGCGCACAUUUGCCGGCUUCAUUAUUAACCAAUUCGAACGUGGUUGGUAGAGAUUCUAAUCUGAUGUGUGGCAGUGUUAGGGAUUCAAAUAUGAUGAGCGGCGGUGUUAGAGAUUCAAAUAUGAUGAGCGGCGGUGUUAGGGAUUCAAACAUUAUAAGCAAGAGUGGUACAAAUUUAGCGCCAAAUCCUGAUAUGUUAUUAAAAGAAUUUCAAAAUUUUUGCGGGAAUGAAGCAUUAUUGAAGCAAUUUUGGGAGUAUGUUAUAAGUGGAGUGCCAGAGCAAGGUGAAGAUGAAACUGAGGAAGAGCCAGAACCUUAUGAUGUUGCAUAA